AUGCCAGGCCCAGUUAUUGAAGAAUUGAGCGUUGAGGACCAGUUGAUGGACGCCAUCAAAGAGCAAAUGAAGCUCGAGAAGGAAGACGAUGUUGUUGUUGAGGAUGUGAACGAUGGAGAGGACGAUGACGAUGAUGACGAGGACGAUGACAACGCCGAUGGAGCUGGUGAGGUUGAUAGCUCAAAGCAAAGCAGAAGCGAGAAGAAAAGCCGCAAAGCAAUGCUGAAACUCGGAAUGAAACCAGUCACAGAUGUUAGCAGAGUGACAAUCAAGAGAUCCAAGAAUGUGUUGUUUGUCAUCUCGAAGCCAGAUGUUUUCAAGAGUCCCAACUCCGAGACCUAUGUGAUCUUCGGUGAGGCCAAGAUCGAUGACAUGAGCUCUCAGCUACAAGCUCAAGCGGCUCAGAGGUUCAAGAUGCCCGACGUUGCGUCUAUGAUCCCUAACACCGAUGCUUCCGAAGCAGCCGCGGUUGCACAGGACGAGGACGACGAUGAAGUUGUUGAUGAGACUGGUGUUGAACCUAAGGACAUUGAUCUUGUGAUGACUCAAGCUGGUGUCCCGAGGGGCAAAGCCGUCAAGGCUCUUAAGGCCGCUGAUGGAGAUAUCGUUUCCGCCAUUAUGGAACUCACUACAUGA